UGGAACUCACAGCUUUGGCUGGGGUUUUUGUUUAGCGAAACACUCUUUAAGAAUUGAAGUGUUUUUUUGUUUUGUUUUUUAAAUAAAACUGUUGAGAUGUAAUGAUUCCGUGUUUUUGAAGAGGCUUGACAUGUUUAAAGAUUGAUAUUUGAACAGCUAAGCACAAACGUCAGAAAUUCCGCAAAAGAUCUUGAGAUAAAAUUCCAAAGUACGAAAAUAUGUUCAAGUUUCUAACAAAAACAACAGAAAGGUGUCAUAUUUUUUUCAUUGCCACAAGGCAGGGAAAAUGGUAAAUAUUCUAGUCACAAGCGCCAAGACCACACCUUUGAUCAGCUUGUGAUGGGGCUUGUAGUAUUCAAGAGUUACAACUUCCGUCCGCUACGUGCAAAACAGGCCGCGUUUAGAACUACAUUUCCCAGAACGCUUCCAGUCCGCCACGUGAUCGCCAGGAUUCGCAGACUGCAGACGGACGCAUCCCCAUCAAACUAUUUAACGGUAUCGUCAGAAAUCACUGAAAACAUCAGUAUAUCAGUUCAGAGAGGGAAAAGUUCUUUAGCACCAGAAACAUCAACAUUUUCCACCUUUUCUCAAAAUUGAGAAAUGACAGAUCGAACGAACAACUUCCCUCCUCUGCCGAAGUUUCUUCGCAUAAAGCCAUGUUUUUACCAGAAUCUGGAUGAGGAAAUUCCGCAACCCCACCGCCAGCUUGUGCGUCGUGUUUACAAUCUUUGGAUGUUAUACUCUAUCACACUAUGUGUUAAUGUGGUGGCCUGCCUAGCCUGGUGGGCCGGAGGUGGUGGAGCGAUCAACUUUGGCUUUUCGCUCCUUUGGCUGCUGAUUUUCAGCCCAUGCAGCUAUACCUGCUGGUUCAGGCCGCUCUAUAAAGCAUUCAGGGCUGAUAGUUCCUUCAACUUCAUGGCCUUCUUCUUCAUUUUCUUCCUGCAAUGUGUUCUCGCCUUCUUCCAGAGUCUUGGAAUAUCAGGUUGGGGUGCAUGUGGUUGGAUUGCCACAGUGAUUUUUUUCAGCACAAACGUAAUCUCGGCUAUAUUCAUGCUCAUCUGUACUUUGCUCUUUACCGUAGUUACGGUUCUCAUGGGGCUUGUCCUCAUCAAGGUCCAUCGGCUAUAUCGUGGUGGAGGAGGCAGUUUUCAGCGGGCACAGGAAGAAUGGAGCACGGGUGCAUGGAAGAACCCCACUGUGAGAGAAGCUGGAUUUAACGCCAUCUCUGAAACCGGCCCAAGCCUGCCUCAGUAUCCAGCCGCUGUGCCCAACUACCCGGAGAGCGGACCCUGGUGAUACCUUUUCUGAACUACAGAUGGAGCAAGAGUACCACUGUUUGUCUUAAUGUUAAAGGGGCAGUUUGCAGAGGGACCUUACCCAAUAUUUUUGUGCCACUUCAGCCAGAUCACGGACUUGUGAAUGGUUAUUUUGCAUUUGUACAAUCUUUUUUUUUUUUUUUUAUUGCGAAAAGAUUGAAUGUUAAUCACUCCUCAAAGAAUGUGUAUAAACAUAGUUUCUUUUCUUUUGAGCUAUCAAGAGUAGAUCUCUUGAACACUUUAAUGCCGAUUUAAAUAGAAGUGAAUGAUGAUCGAAAA